CUUCAAAGACAGCAAAUAUACUCUUGAGUUCAUAACGUACACACUAGUCUGUGGUUAAAAAUGAUAGCCCUUGCAAUAUUCGCUUUUUGCUGCCUACCCUUCCUAAUUAACGGAAUCGCGGACAUACCAUAUAACAACCCUGCUCUCGGGACAUAUCAAAACGAGGAGGCAUGCUUCCCCUUGCACGAAACAUGGUACGUCAUGUACAGAAACUAUGAACAGGACCCGUAUUUCGGAGGAACUGGCAAGUGUAUCAAACUCUCUGAGACAGGUUCUUUCAAGCACGACUCUGCUCCUCUUCAAGUCAACAUUGGCGACAAUGUGCACUUAGAUGUGAAAGUAACACUCAUGUCAUCUCCUGGUUAUACUGUGAAGAACGUCCUCCACGCGGAUACAACUAAAGAACCAAAAAUAAGCUUCAACUUGACUGCGAUUUACGCAGACUGCAACCGAUGCAAAGUGCUUCGUCAUGACUACGUAGACGGAGGAUGCAGCUUCUGGUUGCCUGAGAGCGCCCUUGGCCAAGAUGUGCAAUGCUGUAGUUUCAUUUACGACUUGGUGUGUGGACCCAAAUAUCCACUUUGCGAGGAGAUUGCAACAAUGCGACGUUGGGAACUCACACUCGUAGUGAUACUCGCUUUCGUCUCCCUACCCCUUCUCACCAACGGAAGCUCAGACGUACGCUAUAACAACCCUCUUCUUGGAGUCUAUCAAAACGAGGAGGCAUGCUUCCCUUUGGAGGAAAAAUGGUACAUCAUGUACAGGAACUACAAAGAUGACCCCUAUUUUGGAAGUGCCGGACAGUGUAUCAAGAUCUUCGCGACAGGUCCUUUUGUGGACAACUCUGGACCUUUUGAAGUGGAUGUUGGAGAUAGCGACAAAAUAAAAGUGGAAGCGUCACUUCUGUCAUCUCCUGGAUACACCGUGAAGAACGUCAUUCAUGUGGAUGUGACUGAGGUGCCUGGGCUAAGCUUGAACUUGACCGCUAUAUACACAGACUGUAGCAACUGUAAAGUGAUACAUCAUGACUACGUCAAUGAACAAGCAUGCAGCUUGUGGCAGCCCCAGAGCACACUUGGCCAAGAUGUGAAAUGCUGCCAUUUCAUUUACGACUUGCUUUGCGGACCAAAAUAUCCAGUUUGCGAGGAUAUCUAAAUAAAGUGGAUACAUUGUGUUCUUCAUUUUAAU